GAUGUGUUGGGUUUGGCACCAGCAGAUUGUUGUCAGCACCCAUGCAGGAGGUUGUUGGCCCCCCUGUGAAAGUGCAGGAGGUCGUUGGCCGUGCCGUGAGAUACCAGAUCUGACGGGCCGCGUGGGGCUAAAGAGUGGCAGGUGAAAAACAAGGCGGAGAAGAGAAGACAAUGGCAGGUGCCCAAAAGCCGUGGGAUGAUGUGGGGUGAGUCACAAGUUACCGGGAAGGAUGGCAGAAGCGUUUCAAACAGGUUAUCGAGGCCUUGCAUGAGGUGACAGCUUGCAAGAGCCGAGGGCUGGUGUGAUCCGCCCUCCAUUCUUCACCUUGAUAAGAGAUCAUUGCAGGAGAGAAGGAAAAGGUUGAACCUUUGAGUAGGUAGGUAUAUGAAGCAAUGUCAGAGGGUUUGUUUUGUUUUCCUGGUUGUAUCCAUUGUAGGACAGCAGAUUUUGAAGCAAGAUGUGGCAAGGACACACUUCUUGGCACGUUCCCGACUGCGUGUCCAAGCAGAGCAGCCUCCCUCGUCUUGCGCACGUACUUCUGUUUCGUUCCAAGAUGCUGGGUGGGUUGGCAGGGCUGUCCUUAGGGGCAUUGCCUAGAGGUGGGAGAGAGGAGAAGGUAGGGGCCGAGACCCCGUGUGCGAUGAUACUGCUUAGGGUUAAUGCCGUGACCGAUGGUCUCGUGAGCGGCUCGAUUUGCAGGUACCCAGCGAGGUGGGAGCGUUGUUCCCCUCGAGCUGUGUGUAUGUAACACCGGCUGGGAUUGCCAAGGAACGCAACGUGUUUUCUCUGGGAUUUCCAUGUGGCAUGCCAUCUAUUUCCUCUGAAGCUCCUGGCCUGGAACGAAAAGGAAGUUAAGGGGGAGGACGGGGGAGGUCGCUCCUCUGGGACGUGUCGGCAGGGAAACGCACCGAGAGUUUCACAGAUUGAAGCCGUUUCCUUGCUACUUCUCUGCUUAGAGGCUGCAGUCCGGCAAGAGUCAAAGCCAGGUAAAAACUGACGCUUCUUGAAAUAAAAAGCUGUUAUUCUUUGCACGCAGGACUCAUCCCUUAGCUGAACCCACAGCACAGUAGCUUGCAUUGGGGUGUUCUCAGCACUGUAAGCAAUCAGCUCUCGAGGCCAGGUAACCAGCACGAUCUCUGCUAGCAUCCUCUCGGCAUGGAAGAAACGCUGGUUUGUCCUGCGCAGCGGUCGGAUGAGCGGCGACCCCGACGUCCUGGAGUACUACAAAAAUGACCACUCCAAGAAACCUUUACGCGUGAUCAACCUCAAUUUCUGCGAGCAAGUGGACGCGGGGCUGACCUUCAACAAGAAGGAGCUGCAGGACAGCUACAUCUUUGACAUCAAGACCAGCGACAGGACCUUCUAUCUGGUGGCCGAGACUGAAGACGACAUGAACAAGUGGGUUCGCAGCAUCUGCCAGAUCUGUGGCUUCAACCAGUCCGAGGAGAACACAGAUACCCUGAGGAGCAUCGCCUCCAUAAACCACGCGCCGCGGUCCUCGCCGGCGGAGCUCAGCGGCGCCAACCACCACCUGCUGCGCGAGCGCAAGUCCUCGGCGCCCUCCCACUCCAGCCAGCCCACCCUCUUCACCUUCGACUCGCCCGCCGGCCACCUCCAGAGCACCCUGUCCGCCAGUGCCCCCCAGGACUACCUGUUCCUCCACCAGUGCAUGAGCAGAAAGUCGGAAAACGCGAGGAGCGCCAGCUUUUCCCAGGCCACAAGGUCCUCCUUCUUCAUGCGCAGCGACACAGCCGUCCAGAAGCUCUCACAGGGCAAUGGGCACUGCGUGAACGGGGUGGGUGCGCAGCUCCACGGCUUCUACAGCCUGCCGAAACCCAGCCGGCACAACUCAGAGUUCAGGGACAGCGCGUACGACCUCCCGCGGGCUUUCGGCUCCUACUCCCACCCCAAGUCGAGCCUCACCAGCUCCGAAACGGAUAACGAGGACGUCUACACCUACAAAACCCCCAACAAUGCCCUGUGCAAGGAGUUCGGGGAGCUCUCCACGGACUCGUACGACGUCCCUGCCACCCCGCUCUCCGUUUACCAGAUCCCCAGGACAUUUACACUGGACAAGAACCACAAUGCUCUGGCCGUGGCCGCCAGCGAUUCGCCCGCCGCACCGCCCCCGCGGCCCCCAAAACCUGGGCAGACAGAGCCACGGUGGGGCAGCCCACCCCAGCGGCCCCAGCCCGGGGAAAGCUUAGGGCUGGCCCCCAUGGCAGCCACCAUUCCCCGGAGAAACACGCUGCCAGCCGUGGAGAACAGCAGGCUGCACCGAGCUUCUUCUUGUGAGACAUACGACUACCCCCAGCACGGGGGCAGCAGCACCGUGCAGUCGGUGGAGUCCAUGCACGACGGGUACAACUCCUACCUGCAAGCCAAGGCCGUGGUGGCCCGCUCCCACAGCGCCGACUCCGAGGACAACUACGUCCCGAUGAACCCCGGUUCCUCACCCCUGAUCCACACUGAGAAAGCCAACGACAAUGCCCAAAAUCUCUACAUCCCCAUGAGCCCAGGGCCGCAUCACUUCGACCUGGUGGGGUUGUCCUCGGCCACCCUUCCCUUGCACAAAGGAGGAGCCAUGGCGCAGUGCCACAGGAGGUUGAGUGAAAUCCAGCCCCCGCCAGUCAACCGCAACCUCAAACCCGACCGGAAAGCAAAGCCAUCACCACUGGACCUGAGGAACAACACCGUCAUCGAUGAGCUUCCCUUCAAAUCGCCAGUCACAAAAUCCUGGUCCAGGCCAAGUCAGACCUUCAAUGCUGGCUCGCUGCAGUACUGUCGCCCUGUCUCCUCCCAGAGCAUCACCAGCACUGACUCAGGAGACAGCGAGGAGAACUACGUGGCGAUGCAAAACCCCAUUUCUGCUUCUCCUGUUCCUAGUGGCACCAACAGCCCAGCGCCUAAAAAGAGUUCUGGGAGUGUGGAUUAUCUGGCCCUGGACUUCCAGCCGAGCUCACCAGGGCCACACAGAAAGCCCUCCACCUCGUCGGUGGCCUCGGAUGAGAAGGUUGACUACGUGCAAGUGGACAAGGAGAAGACGCAGGCGCUGCAGAGCACCAUGCAGGAGUGGACUGACGUGCGGCAGUCCUCGGAGCCCACCAAGAGCACCAAGCAGUAGCACCUGGGGCAGGCAGCUCAGCAGGCAAAUAUCCCCAUGGUUUUCCCAGGCCGGGGCUCCCAGCUCCACUUGGGCUGGAUUCCUGAGACUGUUGUCUGCCGAGGGGAGGGGGUCUUCAUGACUUUUUUCUUUUAAGACAAAAAGAAACUUAAUUUCAGGGGAAGACUUGGCGGAUACUGUUUGCCAAUGAUAAAGAGCAACCAUGUUUGGUGGCUAGGUUUGUGCUUUAGCUGCUGGAUGCGCCAUCCAGGAACUUCAACGUAGCAAUACCAGGUUUCACCCUACACGUCUGUUGCUUACAGCUAUUAAAGCCACCUUGUACGUGCUAACAUCAUCUCUCCCCGUCUUCUUCCAUACCAUACCCCCCAACCAUGCCAUACACAUCUGACAGCAUCUCUCACAGGACCUCAUUCCCCAGCUCCAAUUCCCCAUCUCCUCAUGGUCACCCUCUUCUCUGCCUCCUCCCAAAUCCCAAAACUGAGUAAGGACCAUUCCUGUCUGACUUUACUUUCAUCCCAUCUCUUGUAAAUAAUGACAUGUUCAAAUCCUCUGACAGUUGUUCCCCUGGUGGGACAGCCCCUGUGUUUUCUGGUUGUGGCUGUUAACCCUCAGGAGCUUGAAGAGCAUCCAGACUGUCCCGUUGAGUCCAGAACUUGCCCCACCAUACACGUAUAUGCCAGCAUGUGCUCACACAUGCAUGCAUGCAUGAAACAGCCAGGUUAGUUGGGGUGUCUUCUGCUGUUGAUUCUCUCCUGCAUCUCUCAAAGCCAGUGGUUUGGAGAGAGAGGCUUUGGAUGGCAGAAUUUAAGCCUAUCUGAAGUCAAUUGAUCGUGAAUCUGGCCCUAAGAACCCAAAUCUGUCUUUUGUGGCACUAAAGGAAGUCCAUAGAGGAAGGGUCCUACAUCCCUGGCCAUCGUGAGAAGCUCUGUGGCUGAGUACGAGGAGCGUAGAGAGGCUCUGGAGACCCUGGGUGUCCGGCCCAGCACGAGGACGAGUGGGAAGGAGGGAGCAGGAGGCUGUUGUGGGGACCAGGAGAAGGAAGGUGCUGUACCUUAGAGGUUGGAUUGGGGUGAAGAGGGUCUGGCGAGAUGCAUCUCAGAGACAAAAGGAGUGGAGUAACUGAAAUGUUGGUCGGUGGUGAGGCCUUGGGCUUUCGGAAGAGGUUGGUGAGAAGAGGACAGGGUGUCUCAAAGUGUGUUAGCUUUAAUGUAGCAUAAAAGUCAGUUCCUACUGGGCACAAAGGGCUGGACUUAGUAUUUUUCCCCAUCUUCAGUGAUGUUUAUUCAACACAAAUAAGACUUUUUGACGAUUGUGGAUGGGAAUCUUCUGUGGCCCCCACCUGCAUCCUUGACACAUCUAGGCUUUGGGAUUGCUCCACGAGCAGCUGGAGUGGAAGAAGGAAGAAGAAGGAAGAGGCAGCUCGCUGCAGAGAUAAGAAUUUGGGAUCUCACGAAAACAGGAAGGCCUAAUGAUCGCCGUGGAGCAGCCUGGCUGCCAAACAGCGAGCGCUGACACAGGCCAACUGCGAGCUGGGAGCUAAACGAAGGAGACUUUAGAUCAGGUAGCAAUGUUUGUUAAAGAGCUUGAGUUACCCUUCCUUCAAGCUGAACCCUGCCCCACACCAGGGGCUCUGCCUCCCACCACCACCACCACGAAAAACAAAUGUUUGUGUUGAUUCUUGAUGCUCAAGUGUUAGCACGUUUGCUUAAUCUUGGCCUGAGUUUGGAAGGGGCCGGAGAUGGCCCACGCAGGUAUGGGAUCUGGUCCCUUAAGGGCUGGGUGCUGCCUUGUAAAAUAAGUCUCCAAUUUCCAUCCCCAGUUUUGGUUUUCUUCUCUUUUUCCAUGAAAGGGGAGGAUAUUAAUGGAAAAAGCUCUGAUGACCCCUGUAAGACAUUGCAGCAUUGGCCAUGUAAAAGGAAUAAAGGAGCAAAUAUCCUAAUGCUUUUGGUAAAAAUAAUCAUCAUCUAGGGGGGAAAAAAAGACCCAUAGGGGAAAAUUUAGCACAGCCAGAUGCUCUAUGAAGGCCGGGGAGUGUUACAGCCUGCAAGGGCCUUUGCCUCUCAUUGAGGGCUUGCACGGUGAGAUAAUGAAAUGAAGAGCAGAGAGCAGGGCUUUGGCUUUCUGUAGCCCCUUUCAUCACCACAUCUCAGGGGAGAGGGAACAUUGUCCUGGUGCAGAGCCCGCUGAAGUCACUGCAAGAAUCUUUGCACGGGAAUCUCCGUGAAGCACAGUGAGCUCAUCAAGAGGACGUGGACAGAUCCUGUGGUCUUGGCAUCCCGUGAGGGAAAAGCCAAGCCCAGGGACCUGCUGGGUGUUGGCCUGGCUGGGAGCGAGCUCUGCACCGUCCCUGCUGAAAAGUAAACGCAAUUCAAGCAGGAACUUGUUUUUCCUAUUUCAUCCUGUAACCUGCUGUACACAGAAGAAGAUCAGGGGUCAAGAAGACAAGGGUCCCAAAAGCACCCUGAAAGCAGGGAGGCGAGGGGGAGACAGCAGCAACCCUCCUUUCUGAGAGCGCAGUGGCUUGAAAGCCAAAACAGGUGGGUUUUGUGUUUCCAGUUUCCCAGAAACAAAUAUAUUCCUCGUUUUUGUUUGUUUGUUUGUUUGUUUGUUUUCCCCUGCUGAGCAUCAAGCAAACGGCCCUCCAUACCAAGCAGCAACUCGCCGACUCCACCCCUGCCUUGCCAUGCGGACAUGACUGUAUCAGCCCCUCCUGAAAGAAAUUGAUGGCUGCAGUGGAAAUAGUCAUUCCUGCCAGUUGCCGAGCUGAUUAGAGCAGUCCCCAAUGAUUAAUGUUCGUGCAGUAUUUAGUCUUAAACUGUAUUGAAAAGCAGCUGGUUUAAUUACACGGCCUGCCAAGAACUUUGUCCUGAAGGCAUUGAGUUUAUCACAUCCACUUUAUACUUGGAUGCUCAAGUAUGACUGGCUCUUUUGUUAGGAAUAGGUAUUUUAGGAAGCCGAGAGCAUUGCUAAUGAUUCAUUUUAAUUGCAAGCAAAAGACCUGGCUCGAAUCCUUAAGUCAGAUCCUGUGCUUCAGCCUUACACUCCCAUUUAAGAGAAGGGCUGUGCUUUUGUGUGUGUGUGCUCAUGGAGAAGGGUCGACUGCGGGACGAGCACUACAACCUCAGUAGUUCAUUUUAGGAAGCAUCAGGGCCAUAUCAGAAAGCUCUCCCCGAGCUUUAGAACUGCUAGGUUGGUGGGUUUAGAGGCAGAAACGUGCAAAAAUACGUAUCCCUUGUUGUGAGUCUGCAGCAGUGACUCGUGAAACGUGUGAGUUGCCUUGGAACUGAUUUGCUCUGAAUUGGCAUUCGAGUGUUCAGGGGGAAAUAAAUUGCUGGCUCUAAAAGGAUACAGGGAUGAGGUUUAGUCUCAAAUAGGAGAAAGAAAAUAAGUGUGUGUGCAGAUUGUGCUGGGGCAGACUGGCAGAUGGGGCUAGCACCUAAAGGUGGCUAUGGCUUGGGUUGGCUGGAGGAUAACUGGGAUGGGUUUGGAGCCACCCAGGCACUGACGAGGGUUGUAUAUGGGUUGGGAGGAGAGAAGGCAGGCAUGUUUGCCAGUGAGAAUUGAGUCUUGGUCUUCCAAACCUCCUUUGGCAUGUCUCAAGGCAGAUCUGCAGAGCGGGUUUGUGGAGGGAAGGGUUUUGCUCAGUGAGGGCCUUGUGCUGGUAGGAGGGCAGCACCCACUGCUCUCAGGACUUACCCAGAGAACUUCACCCCUUGAGGGGUUCAUCCUGCCCAGUGUGCAGGAGAAACCCUACCAGGGAGGUGGUGGAGACCCGGCCGUGAUGGGGAACACAUUGUUUUGGGGCUUUCUUGGGCUGGUCAUUGGGAAGCGGUGCUGUGGCUUCACAGGGUGUCCUGUGAGGCUCUGCUGUCUCCGUCCUUGGAGGUAUGUAAGACCUGACUGGAUCAAGGCCUGAGCAAGCGGGUCAUCCCCUACUGCUGACCCUGCUUAGGGCAGAGAGUGGGACUAGAAACAUCCUUUCCCCUUGAAUUCCCUUGAGACCCUGCUGCUGGGGCUGAGUGGGGCCUCCUCCGUGUGAGGGAAGAGGCAAAAGGCAGUGCCUGGAUACCUAUAGUGUCCUAAAAUCUUCUCUGGCCUUGAAGUGACAAGGCACAGCUCAACACCUGAUGUCAUACACCCCGAUAAGGAGGACUAAUCCCCACUGGGGCCACCCCUUGCACCUGGCAGAGGGCUGGCUGGACCAGGCCAAGUCAUCCAGGACAUGGACACGCAGUCUGAGCCACUGAGGUACAGCCUGAACCUGUAAAUUUAUUAGGAUAGACAUUGACCCAGGGCUCUCUGGGUCCCCCCCCGAGCCCUGACACCCCAGGGUCCCACUCCCGGGAGUGUACCAGGAGGAUUUGGUUCCUUUUGGCCACCCAUUGAGCACGGCUCAUGGGCUGGGAUAGCAUUAAUUUUAUUUGUAGUAGCUUUUUAUGGUGCUAUGUUCCGGGUUUGUGAUGAGAACAGUGUUGAUAACACACCAGUAUUGUAGCUGUUGCUGAGCAGUGCUCGCACAGAGCCAAGGCCGUUCAGCUCCUGGUGCUGCCCCACCAGCGAGGUACCUGGGGGUACACCAGGAGCUGGGACACAGCCUGGAGCUGACCCAGGCUGGCCAAAGGGAUGUCCCAUGCCAUACAGCACCAUGCUCAGCAAUAAAACUCGUGGGGAAAUUUGCCAGGGCUGCCAUUGCUCAGGGACUGGCCAGGCCUUGGUCAGCUGGUGGUGAGCAAAUGCAUUGUGCAUCACUUGCUUUUCUUAUUUUUUCUUUUUUUUUUUUUUUUUUUUUUCCAACUUAUUAAACUGUCUUUAUCUCACCCCACAAGUUUCUAACUUCUGCCCUUUCAGUUCUCUUCCCCCCUCCCACUGCAGGGGGAGAGAGAGUGAGUGGCUGUGUGGUGCUAGCUGGUUAAACCACCCCGUGAGCUUUGAUAGGAAAAUGUUUAAAGAAACUGAGCUCUGGCACAGGCUGCCCAGAGAGGGGCUGGGGGCUCCUCCUUGGGGAUCUCCAGCAGCCGCCUGGACGUGGGGCUGGGCCCCUUGCUCGGGGUGGCCCUGCUGGAGCAAGGCUGGCACCUCAGGGACCCGUCACCACCAGGCACUUGUUGAGAGCCUUGGUGCCAUGAUUUCUCCAUGGCCUGAAGCAGUCCAUCCCCCCAUCUGCUUGUCCUUUGUGUCUCAUCCUUGUAGUUGUGAUUUUAUCUCCUUCAUUUCGCAGCUUCAAGAGAUGUGCUAUUAACCAGGUUCCUGCCUCAGUGCUUGCUCUGAGAAGAGCUGAUGUGUAGCAAGGUGUCACCCAACCAGCCCACAACCUACGUGGGAGAGGUUAUCCGCAAAACCAUAAUAAUAAAUAAAUAAAUAAAUAAAGCAUCAUUUUUAGUGUUGUCCUUUGGGUGACACCACACUUCAGAUGGGACAAGGGAGUGUACCUGAACUCUCUGUAUCCUGCUUUCUCUCCAGCCUGUAAAAUGAAGAUUUUUAGUGCUCAUUUCCCCACCUCACAGUGAGGUUUAAGUAGUUGACAACUACAUUGUCACGUUGUCCCUGAAAAUACCGCGUUUUAUCUGAGAGCCCUUUGGACACGUGGAGCAUUGUGGAGAGGGAAGGGAGCAGGACCCUGCAGAGCCCUCUGAUGAAUCCCAUAGGGUUAGGACCAAACCUUUAGUGUAGCCACGUCCUGCCCAACGCAGCCCUUGGCAAAGACCCCAUUGACUUUGGGCAUCGUUGUGUGGGAAGGGACCCAGCCAAAUUAGGGUAGUUUUCACCAUCCCUUUCUUAACUUGCUGCGAGGAAAGGUCGGAGCCCCGGCUUUGAAGCCGUCGCAUCGGCAGCCCAUUCGCAGGGAUAUUUUGUGUGUUUCGAAGCCUAUGACUGUUCUUAAAGAGGAGUAUUAUUUUUUUUUUCCAUUUGUAGAAGGAAGGACAACAGUAAUCUGUGGCAAACUGUACAGUACGUGUCUUCUUGUGGUGUCACUGUUUGAAUGGUUAUUAAGUUUUCAAAUCACUGUGGACAGCUAAUCACUUAAGUUAUUAAUUUAUUCUUCGGGGUUUUGUUGUUUGUUUGGUUUUUUUUAAGUAAUUUGAAACAAUUAUUUAUCCUGUAAAUCGGUCUUGAGUGAAACCUAGGUAAUACUUUUUUUGCUGUUAAUAAACAUGGUACAUGCCUGAUGUGAAGGUGAUCUCAUUUUUAAGUACUGUAUAUGCAGCGGAAAAGCAAUGGGAAAAUAAAAGAAUGAAAACAAAAAUG